CCUUCUGUAGGAACUCCGUGGACGGGCAGUGGUACAGUUACGAUGACAGCAGCGCGGAGCCGGUGCCGGAGGCGGAGGUGUGCACACGUGGCGCCUACAUCCUCUUCUACCAGAGAAGAAACACCAUCCCUCCCUGGUCUGCCAGCUCCUCCGUCACCGGUUCGACCAGCUCGUCCGCCUCUGACCACUGGCUUGUCCGGCUGGCGGGGGACAGUAAGAGGGGCAGCGUGGUGUCAGGGGGACCCAUCCCUGGACCUCUGGGGCCCGUACAGGCCCCUGAGUCUCCCGAGCUGCCAGUGUUCAAAGAGGAACCCCCCAAAACAGCAGAAACAAAUGGAUUCGAAGCAAAGCCGUUUGUCCGCGGGAGCCAAGGCCGGAGCGUGAGCAUGAGGUCACCAACGAAGCCCAAGGAGACUCUGAGCAAAGUUCUGCCUCUGCGGUGGUCGUUUGGCUCCAAAGACCGCAUCAGACACCCGGCCCAGACCCAGCCUGGAGAGCUGGUGGAGUACCUGGAGUCCGGGCGCCGCCCACGAUGUACCAAAGACCCGAUCAUAACGCUGGUGGCCACGCCGCCGCAGAGGAGCGCCCAGGGAAGAGCCUUGGAGGGCGGACAGGACUGCAGCUCGCCGAGCGGCAGCAGUCUGAGCUACACGGACAGACCCGCCUCCGACACCUGUUACUCCCCCAAAAUACCAGAGGGGCAGAGCAGAGGCGGUCUGGAGAGGAGUUUGAAUCAGGGAGUCGCCAACGGCAGCAAAGCCAGGGAUGAUGGAUCUCUGAGAGGUCAGAGGUCAUCGAAGAGAGCGAGGCAGGACCACAGCAGGACCCAGGACUUCCCGCUGCAGAGAGGGGCCUUUCUCCUGGACCAUAUCAGCCACAGUGCACCUCCCAGCAGAGACUCCACGCUGAGGAGGACCAAGGUCCAGACAGGGGCGACCUCCAGGAUGCAGAAGGACUUGUUACAGAUGUCCAUGCAUCCCGAGGACAGGAGGGGACAGAGGGGACACGAGGGUCGCAGCCACGAGAGCCUCCUGUCUUUUUUCAAACCUGGUUUCAUGAAGAAAGAAAUUCCCGGGUCACCAAUCAAGGGGCCGGACCGGCGUCUGAACGGACAGCUGGGAAGGCUUGCAAACUGUAAUUUAGCCAAACUGUCCCUCUCCAACGGGACGCUGACCACAGAGGACAGGAAGGUCAUCCCGAGCUGUGACGCCCAUAACUGCAAACUGGUGAACGGGAAGGCCGGGAUUCAGGACCCUGUGGACAUUAAGCGCGCUCACAGCUCCAGCAACAUCCAGAACAGGCUGGAUUUGACGUUUCGCAGGUGCGCCUCGCUGCAGAGGAACGGAGAGAUAAUGGCUCCUCCGGGCCACCGAAUCCUGCUGUCGGACAAGCCGAGCUACGCCACCCUGCAGAGGACACGAUACAGUACCACCUCCCUGGUGCCUCUGUGACAGCCGCCAAUGCCUGUUGAACACAAGAACCUCUCUACUGAUUUCUACGCUCGGCACCUGGAGGCUCCCGGCAGGAGACGUCACUGGAAACAAAGUCUAUCUUCUCACUCCCCUUCAUAGUACUGUUAUAAGUUCUUACCUGUGUGUGUCUUAAACGAAAUCUAUGCAGAGCUGAAUUUACCGAGGAGAAAUACUGCUGUAAUGUGAUAUUCUUUUUUAUUUUACAGAGCAGUCUACUGUUAAUUCAUGGUUUUAGUUUUGAGUUUAAGAUCAAUAUUUGAAAAGCGGAAGGUGAUUUGGUGAAUUUGCAUGUUUUUGCCCAUUAUACGUUCAUCAUAUGGGCUCAAACAUGUAAACUUGUUAAACACUGCAGAGCGUACUAACACCUGCACUGUAAAUUGGCUGC